AGUGUCUUCAGCUCGUGGUUCCUUUCCUCCUCGCCGCUCACAGGGGAGAUUGAACACAGCUCUCUACCGGGACCAAGUUGCAUCUUCUUUUUGACCGACCACAAUCAACAGUAUCAGUGAUCAUAUAAAGUCGCCACUAUGCCUGGAACACACACUCAGAAAAGACGCAAGCUGUCUCAUGGCUCUUCUCAGCCUGACGAGUCGUCCGAGUCCCGGACACUGUCCCCUCCUCCUCCUGCUCCGUCAGCACAAGCCUCCGAGUCUGUAGCUCAAGAACCAGAGAAUGAGCCUCAGGUCACGUUUGCAGACCUUGGCCUUGCCGAACCUCUCCUCGAGUCUACAGCUGCACUCGGAUACAAGUACCCAACCCCAAUUCAGGCGAAGAGCAUUCCGGAAGCUCUCAAGGGGAGAGACAUUAUUGGUUUAGCAGAAACCGGUAGCGGAAAGACGGCAGCGUUUGCACUCCCCAUCAUCCAGGCCCUUUUGGAGAAACCGUCGGGCCUGUUCGCCGUCGUCCUCGCUCCGACACGAGAACUCGCUGGCCAAAUCGCUCAGAACAUGGAGGCCUUGGGCUCUAUAUGUGCGCUGCGCUGUGCAACCAUUGUGGGCGGCUUGGACAUGGUACCGCAGGCCAUUGCGCUGAGCAAAAAGCCCCAUGUGAUAGUGGCAACCCCCGGUCGUCUGCUGGACCACCUCGAGAAGACACGCGGUUUCAACCUGAGGAGUCUGAAAUACCUGGUCAUGGACGAAGCUGAUCGGCUUCUGGAUCUCGACUUUGGCCCGAGCAUCGACCGCAUUCUCAAGUUCGUCCCCCGCGAGCGGAACACGUAUCUCUUCUCCGCCACCAUGAGCUCCAAGGUGGAGAGCCUCCAACGGGCAAGUCUGAAGGAUCCCGUGCGCAUCUCCGUCAACACCUCGGCCUCCAAGCACCAGGUCGUCGCCAGCCUCAUCCAAAACUACCUCUUCAUCCCGCACAGCUACAAGGACGUCUACACCAUCCAUCUCAUCAACGAGCACGCCGGCCAGACCAUCAUCGUCUUCACCCGGACCGUCAACGAAUGCCAGCGGCUCGGCAUCCUCCUCCGCACCCUCGGCUUCAGCGCCAUCCCGCUGCACGGCCAGCUCUCGCAGUCGGCCCGCAUGGGCGCCCUCAACAAGUUCAAGGCCGGGUCGCGCGAGAUCCUCGUGGCCACCGACGUCGCCGCCCGCGGCCUCGACAUCCCCAACGUCGACGUCGUCCUCAACUACGACCUGCCCCAGGACAGCAAGACGUACAUCCACCGCGUCGGCCGUACCGCCCGGGCCGGCAAGUCCGGGUUGGCCCUCAGCCUCGUCACGCAGUACGACCUCGAGAUCUGGCUCCGCAUCGAGGCCGCCCUGGGCAAGAAACUGAAAGAGUAUCCCACGGAAAAGGAUCAGGUCAUGGUGUUCCAGCCGCGCAUCGAGGAGGCGCAGCGGCACGCGAGGAUCGAGAUGAAGAAUAUCCACGAGAGCCGCGAUAAGAGGGGCGCGGCGGCGCGGGGUAAGGGUGCUCGGCCGCCCAAGAGGCGACGUGACAACAUGGAUGCGGAGGAGGGCUGAUCUUGGGGGGGAGGAAUGGAAUGGGCAAGGCGUGUCCGACAUUUGUGAGCUGGAUGAUUAUUUUUAUUUGAAGGGCCAGUUGACGCAAGCGACUUGCCUUGUUGGGAAUAGAUAAAAUAGGAAGCUUUCUUGUGUUUCGUCAGGGUUGUCUGGCAGGCCUUUUACGAUGCAUGUUAGUCCUUAC